AGGUGGGUGGCAGUGGACGUUGCUCUUCCUCGUGGACGUGCGCGAAUGGAGGGAUGCGAUGGGGGUGGCCGUGCUGUGCUGUCGCGGCAGCUGCCGUUGCCGUAGUCCGUCGAUACGAAGCGGAGAGGGCGGCGGGCCGCAUGAAGGCAGCGCUUUCCAGGCGGCGACACAGGCUUCUGCUGCAGAGGGUGUUGGACGCCCCGGACUGCAUCACGACUUCGGAGGCCGUGGCUCAGCUUUGCGCUGCAAUCGGCUCCGGUGUGCUUCCCAGGGCGACGCCACGUUGGUGGAUGAGGCAGAGAACUGGCGGGACUUGGGAGGAUUUGUGGGUGUGCGAUGACGCGACGGAUGACCACUUCCGGGAAAAGCUCCGCAUGUCGAGGAGAGUGUUCAUGGAGAUCACCGAAGCCUGUGCACCUCAUUUUCAACGACAGGUCACGUUUUACAGGGAGCCGCUUCAGCCGGAUCAAAUCGUCGCGUACGCGCUGUAUAGGUGGGCAACAGGAGAGUCGUACGACAACAGCACAUCAUCGUUCGACAUUGGCAGAUCAUCCGGAGUUCGAGCCGUGCGCGAUGUGACAGCCGCGUUGUCGAGGGUCUACGGGGACAGGAUAUCGUGGCCGACGGGGGUGCGUAAACAGGUGGUGCUAUGGGCGUUUCAGGACAAGGGCUUUCCCAACUGCCAUGGCGCAGUUGACUGCACACACAUCUACGUGGACAAACUGGCGAACGCUUCGAGCGAGAACUACUUCGACCGCAAGCACCGUUUCUCCGUCAUUGCGCAGGUGGUGGUGGACCUGAAUCUGCGUGUGCUUGACGUCUUCGUUGGCUACCCGGGCAGCUGCCACGACAUUCGGGUAAUCCAGCUGUCAAGUCUGUCGAGGCGGGAGGAAGAGGGAACGCUUUUUCGCGGGCCGCCUGUAACGCUGUCGGGAGGGGUGAGGACGAAUGGAUACAUCUUGGGCGACAACAGGUAUCCUCCUUCAGAAUGUAUAGUGGUGCCGUACGGAGGAAUCAAUCAGCACCCAGACGAGGAAAGGUUCGACAACAAACAAAAGGCCGCUAGAGGUGCUGUGGAGAGGGCGUUCGGGAGGUUGAAGGGGAUGUGGAGGCUCUUCCUUCGGUCGCACAAAACGAACUUGGACACUCUACCGCAGCAGUUCACGGCCGUCUGCAUUCUCCACAACGUCCUGCUCGAUGCUGGAAUCGAGUUCGACGAGAACUUGUUGUGGGAGGUCGACGAGAACGGGGUGAGGCGACGAGUGGACCUGGGGAUGCAUCGUCCACUACAGCCAGUGACGAUGCUGACAUCGACGGACGCCGCACACGCGCUCUGCAAUGCCCUAGCGGAGCGAAUGAAACACAUCUGAUCGUGCGUGUCGCGCCACUCUGCCUCUCGUACACAGACAAAAACCGUGUGUGUCCGUCGUGGAGUCGCGAACGAUGACGUGGAGUUAGCUCGCAGGGUUUGCAGUAGGCGGACGAUUCGUUUGUAGGUGUUUGUUGUUGUAGUCGACGGUAGUGUGCUUCUCCAAGUCGUGGGUGCUCGACAGUGAAGCGGCUCAAUUGCCGUGGGUGAUCGGCAGUGACGUCGCUGUUAUUUUUUUUUCGUUGUUCAUUGAUGUCGUCCUUGCCGCGACGGUGUUCCCGCGCAAAUGCGUGGGCAUGGGGAUGGGAAAUGUGAGGGGGGGGGGGGGGGGGGGGGGGGAGGGGAGGGGUUUUUCGGUGCUUGUUGGGUGGCGGCGCGGAGCAGGUCGACACCCCUCUAUUUCGCAUGUGCUUUGGAUCGCUGUUUUGCUUCAAAUUAUAAGAUAUUUGUAUUUUUUUGUUUAUUUGUGUGAGGUCGUCGUCGUGCGUCAUGCUGCUGUCCGUCUUUUGAUGGCACGUGUUUUCUGUCCACCACAUGUAGCGUCUAUGAUGCAUGUUGUCUGCAGUACUCGGCGUUCGGUUGAUGCUGUUGGUGAAGCUUCGAUGUUGAACUGAUGAGGACCACGUGCAUGGAAUGAAAUGUAAUCAACAAA